AUAGGAUGGAGUAGAACUGCCCCGUAGGGUUUCGAAGGAGCCGCUGGUGGAUUUGCCCUGCUGACCUUUUGGUUAGCAGCCAACCUCUUAACAACUACGCUACCAGGGUUUCCAUUUUUAUUGGAUAGAUUUCCAGAAGUGCAAAUGCUAAGUCAAAGGGUAUAUAUAUGUACUUAAAAGUUCAGUAUAUAUUGCCAGAAUACUUUCUAAAAAUUUAAGGAUUAAUUUAUACCAGGAACUUAAGUGAUUUCUUGAUCCUUAUUGGUGCUCAUGAGGCUUAUAAUGAGUUAAAAAUACAUAACUGCUUAGAAUAAUGCCUGGCAUUUAGUAAAUACUAAGUAAGUAUUUGCUUAGAUUGCUAUUGUUUUUCUUUUUUUGUUAAUGAGAUAAUGGAUUCUGUAUUGCAACAGUAAAACGAACUAUAGAAAUUUGCCUCUAGGGUCGAACAACUGUGUAGCUUUUAUUUUAAUGUGUGAAGUUUAUUGAUUUAGAAAUUGCUGUGUUUUAGGAAUUGCACAUCUUAAAAGUAUGAAUUGUUUGGUCUGUUUGGUACCACCUCCUUUUGGUAGUUUGAAGGUCAGGGCUAAGGCAGUAAUCGGAGGAUACUCUGAUUAAUGUAGCACCCAUUUCCAUGGCAGUUUUGCCUGCAGCUUUUAUGUGAUAGUCUAAAUACUAUUGUGGGUUCUCUGAAAAGUUCAUUUUCUUAUAUUGUUUAAGAAAGUUAAUUUUGUAGAGCAGCAGCUGUCUUAAUAUUCCGAGAGCAGUUCUACGUAAGUUACAAACAUGAAACUGUACCUUUUAAGGAUCUGUGCCAGUCGCAGAUAUUCAUAAUAUUCUAUCAGAAUGCUCAUAAAUAUUUGGUCAGUAGUAUCUAUUACCCAGGAUAGGGAGAACAAUACUAUUCUAUUGCUGAAUAAGGAUAUUGUUCCUAGGAUUUUAAGGUUAGAAUAGAGGAGCCUUAACUUGAUUUGAAUUGACAUCCUGUGAUGUGAACCUAAAAUUUGGAAUGGAGGAAAAAUAAUCUUUUAUCAAGAAUAAGUGUUUAUUUCUGGUUUUAGCAGCAUUGAUUUGGUGUAGUGUAGAUUACAGAAGAAGCUAAUGAUUCUUGCUGUCUAGAAAUGUAACCACUCUAGUUGGAAAUGAGUAACAUAAAGCGACAAUAAAUACAAGAGAGUACAAUUAUGAACAAGGUUAUGUAGUACAGAUUUAAAAUACCAGAUUCUCAGGAGUACUUCAGUGGGGGCUAGAGUGACGAGGAAAGGCAGAAGUGGGACUUGAGUAAAUGAGGGAAAGAAUUUGAACAGUCUGAGGGAAGGUAUAGAACCAAAAAACAAAACCUGUUGCUGUUGAGUCGAUUCCGACUCAUAGCGACCCUAUAGGACAGAGUAGAACUGCCCUAUAGUGUUUCCAAGGAGUGGCUGGCGGAUUUGAACUGCCAGCCUUUUGGUUAGCAGCCGUAGCUCUUAACCACUGUGCCACCAGGGCUCCCAAGGUGUAGAAGUAGGAACGAAUUUAACAGGGUUUGGUAGCCAGUAUAAGAGUAUGGAUGGGAUUUGGAAUCUGAUAGUCUUGAUUUUGAAUUCUGGGCUCUAUUAUUUGCUAGUUACGUGUCUGAGCACAUUAACUUGACUUUAAUCAGCUCUUCAUCUGUAAAACUGGGUCAGUAAUGGUUCCUUUCUCAGUAUUUGGGAAUAUCAAGUGUAGAAUGCCUGGCAUAUGAAGAAGGCUCAAUAAUGAAAGCUGUGGGACAGGGGAGCUUGACUUGCUUGGAUGAGAGUCUUCCUGCCACAGAUGGAGAUUGGAUUUGGGCUGUUUGCAAGUUUUGGAAGUUCCUGGUUUUCCUGGGCUUGCAUUUCUUUCGGUCCUAAGAAUCGUUCAAUUGGAGCGGCAGCUAAAAGCCAGGUAAUUUCUAAUGCAAAGAACACUGUCCAAGGGUUUAAAAGAUUCCAUGGCCGAGCAUUCUCAGAUCCAUUUGUGGAAGCAGAAAAAUCUAACCUUGCGUAUGAUAUUGUUCAACUCCCCACUGGAUUGACAGGUAUAAAGGUGAGAUACAUGGAGGAAGAACGAAAUUUUACCACUGAGCAAGUGACCGCCAUGCUGUUGUCCAAACUGAAAGAGACAGCAGAGAAUGUUCUUAAGAAGCCUGUUGUUGAUUGUGUUAUUUCGGUUCCUUGUUUCUACACUGAUGCAGAAAGACGAUCAGUGAUGGAUGCAACACAGAUUGCUGGUCUCAAUUGUCUGCGAUUAAUGAAUGAAACUACUGCAGUUGCUCUCGCGUACGGAAUUUAUAAACAAGAUCUUCCUGCCUUAGAAGAGAAACCAAGAAAUGUAGUUUUUGUAGACAUGGGGCAUUCUGCUUAUCAAGUUUCUGUGUGUGCAUUUAAUAGAGCGAAACUGAAAGUUCUGGCCACUGCAUUUGACACAACACUGGGAGGCAGAAAAUUUGAUGAGGUGUUAGUAAAUCACUUCUGUGAAGAAUUUGGGAAGAAAUACAAGCUAGACAUAAAGUCCAAAAUACGUGCAUUAUUACGCCUGUCUCAGGAGUGUGAGAAACUCAAGAAAUUGAUGAGUGCAAAUGCUUCAGACCUCCCUUUGAACAUUGAAUGUUUUAUGAAUGAUGUUGAUGUAUCUGGAACUAUGAAUAGAGGCAAAUUUCUGGAGAUGUGUGAUGAUCUCUUAGCUAGAGUGGAGCCGCCACUUCGUAGUGUUUUGGAACAAGCCAAGUUAAAGAAAGAAGAUAUUUAUGCAGUAGAGAUAGUUGGUGGUGCUACACGAAUCCCUGCAGUAAAAGAGAGGAUCAGCAAAUUCUUUGGUAAAGAACUUAGUACAACAUUAAAUGCUGAUGAAGCUGUCACUCGAGGCUGUGCAUUGCAGUGUGCAAUCUUAUCACCUGCUUUCAAAGUCAGAGAAUUUUCUAUCACUGAUGUGGUACCAUAUCCAAUAUCUCUGAGAUGGAAUUCUCCAGCUGAAGAAGGGUCAAGUGACUGUGAAGUCUUUCCAAAAAAUCAUGCUGCUCCUUUCUCUAGAGUCCUCACCUUUUAUAGAAAGGAACCUUUCACUCUUGAAGCUUACUACAGCUCUCCUCAGGAUUUGCCCUAUCCAGAUCCUGCUAUAGCUCAGUUUUCAGUUCAGAAAGUCACUCCCCAGUCUGAUGGCUCUAGUUCAAAAGUGAAAGUCAAGGCUCGAGUAAAUGUCCAUGGCAUUUUCAGUGUGUCCAGUGCAUCCCUGGUGGAAGUGCACAAGUCUGAGGAAAAUGAGGAACCAAUGGAAACAGAUCAAAAUGCAAAAGAGGAAGAGAAGAUGCAAGUGGACCAGGAGGAACCACAUGUUGAGGAGCAGCAGCAGCAGACGCCAGCAGAAAAUAAGGCAGAGUCUGAAGAAAUGGAGACCUCUCAAGCUGGAUCAAAGGACAAAAAGAUGGACCAACCACCUCAAGCCAAGAAGGCAAAAGUGAAGACCAGUACUGUAGACCUGCCAAUUGAGAAUCAGCUAUUAUGGCAGAUAGACAGAGAGAUGCUCAACUUGUACAUUGAAAAUGAGGGUAAGAUGAUCAUGCAAGAUAAGCUUGAGAAGGAGCGGAACGAUGCCAAGAAUGCAGUGGAAGAAUAUGUGUAUGAAAUGAGGGACAAACUUAGUGGUGAAUAUGAGAAGUUUGUGAGUGAAGAUGAUCGUAACAGUUUUUCCUUGAAACUAGAAGAUACUGAAAAUUGGUUAUAUGAGGAUGGAGAAGACCAGCCAAAGCAAGUUUAUGUGGAUAAGUUGGCUGAGUUGAAAAAUCUAGGUCAGCCUAUUAAGAUGCGGUUCCAGGAAUCGGAAGAAAGACCAAAAUUAUUUGAAGAACUAGGGAAACAAAUCCAACAGUAUAUGAAAGUAAUCAGCGCUUUCAAAAACAAGGAGGACCAGUAUGACCAUUUGGAUGCUGCUGACAUGAUGAAAGUGGAAAAAAGCACGAAUGAGGCCAUGGAAUGGAUGAAUAACAAGCUGAAUCUGCAGAACAAGCAGAGUCUGACCAUGGAUCCAGUUAUCAAGGCAAAAGAGAUUGAAGCUAAAAUUAAGGAGCUGAUAAAUAUCUGUAGUCCUAUAAUUUCAAAGCCCAAACCCAAAGUGGAACCUCCAAAAGAGGAACAAAAAAAUGCAGAGCAGAACGGACCAGUGGAUGGACAAGGAGACAAUCCAGGGCCUCAGGCUGCUGAGCAGGGUACAGACACAGCUGUGCCUUCAGAUUCUGACAAGAAACUUCCUGAAAUGGACAUUGAUUGAUUCCAACACUUGUUUAUAUUAAAACAGACUAUUAUGAA